GUAAAAGUUUUACCCUGACGAUAAUGCUCUCAACUUCUCCACCGCAAGUUGCAACUUAUACGAAGGCGAUCAAAGUUACGGUGGAUGGCCCCAGAGAACCAAGAUCCAAAACUAGACAUCAUGGUUUUCAUCCGUUUGCAGCAUUUGGUCCUCGAUCGCUCUCUGGCCCAGAUGCGCUCAUGGGUUUCAAAUUAUCAGGAAUAUCUCAACAUUUCGGACAUUUGUCAAGAGCCGAUUGGCAAAUAUUAGGGGGCCACCCAAGAUUACCUCAUCCCCAAACGCAACAUUUAUCGAGUACUCAUCAUACUGUGUCAAAUUAUCAUAUGAAUGGAGGUUUUGGACCUCCAUACACAGCAUCGCAUCAAAUGGUUCAGCCACAAGACGUCUUAUUUAACAACACGAUGACCGCACAAAAACGAAAAUCUACAGGAAAUUUCGAUUCAAUAAGCAGCAGCAAUGCUCAAGCUCACAGUACAACCAGUCCGCUCACAUCACCAAGCCCCGAAAAAAUGUCCUUUCUCCUAACAACUAUGCAGAAUAAUAAUAUUGACGAAAGCAAUGUCAACAGUUUGAAGAGACCAUCGGAUAGCGAAAAGCCUAAAAAGCUUUCUAAAGACAUAGUGACCGAUACCAAAAGUAAAUCUAAAGAGAAAACUGUACCAAGGACGCUAUCUAAUUCUUCUGGUAUCGAACGUGACGCUGAAAGUCCUGAUGCAGAUCUGAGUCAUUCAGGAGCAUUCCACACAUUUCGUUCAAGGGCUACCGGGUCGGGAGAUAUACAAGAUUUUCACGGAGUUUUUCACAAUGCUUUGGCCGCACAACUUUUGUUGGGUAUGUAA